GUGUGGAUGUUUGCUGAUCUAUGCUGCGACUUGAACUUUUUUACUUUUAGACAAUUCUUCAUACUCAAGGAUGGACGGAAAGUGGGUCUAUUUUCCCCAAAGUGUCGGACUUUACGCACUACAGCCAGCUUCAGGAGCCCGGUGAUGCAGAAGAAAGGGAGCAGAAAAACUGACCAGCUGAGGACAGAGGAUUGAAUACAUUCUUCGCCUUUUUUUUUUGGGAUAAAAAUCGCUGCAAAGCUCACAGAAAAUCAUUGUGAAAAUGUAUCACAGCUGAGCUUUCACAAGUGAUUAAGCGUUAACUCUUCUUAAAAAAAAAUGCUGGAAAGACUGGUGCGAAGCUGAACUUCCUUCUCUUCAGUUCUUAAAUUUUCCAGACGAAAACAAGUAGAUACGACUCUGGUCAAAAACUCUUUUAAGAUUGUUCACUCGAACUACGAUUGCUCAAUAUUUGGAAACUACUGAUUGCAGCAUGAAAUUUGCAGCCCGAAAGAUGCGUUUUCAUUUUUUAGCAGCCGCGCUCCACGUCGGAUGCUCUUCUUUGAACUAACACAGUUCGCUUUGCAUACUCGUUUUGGGGGGAAUUCUUGUUUUUUAACUGCUCAAAGAAACAUGUUGCAUAUCCUUGCGCUUCAGUCGGCGGUGUUACUUUUGGGAGUAACCGACUGUCGAGUUUUAGAGGGGUUGCAGAGAUAUUCCUCCAUCCCCACGUACCUGCCUGUCAACUAUCAGCUGCUCAAUGCUGACUUGGCAUUUUUCCUGAAGGAGGCCAACCAGGACUUUAUGAGGAACUCUAGCCUGGUGUCGCGGACUGAGCCCUUCUUCAUCUACCAGGCCAGAAGUUUGCCCUCUAUGAAUGCUAGUUAUGGGCCCCUCUCUGUGGAGCAGCCCGUCCCUUCAGAGCUCCUGCAGAGCCCGGGGACCUUUCCGACCUCUUCUCUAUUUACCUUUAACUGGAAGGUGCAGACCUUUAUCAUGAAUACCCGGAUUCACUUGACCAAGCCCAAAGUCCAGGUGCUGUUUUAUGUCGCAGGCAGGGACUGGGAUGACUACAGUGCCAUCGACAAGCUGCCCUGUGUACACAUGUUUGCUUUCCAUGAAACCCAGGAGGUACGUGGUACUUGCCAGCUGAGGGGGGAGCUGGGACUGUGUGUGGCUGAGCUGGAGCCACUGGCCGGCUGGUUCAGCCCACCGAGCGUUGUGCCAGGACGCCAGAGGAACCAUGAAGUGUCUGAGGGCACUCCAGUGGAGCUCUACUAUAUGCUGCAGUCCACAGACGCAGGGUGCCACUCAGAUGAGUCCAGAAAGGACAAUUUCAUCCGCACAAGCCAGGAGGGCCUGUUUGGUUCCUAUACUUCAACACCUUUGAGGAGGAUCGGUGGUGUGAGGCUCUACCAGAACCCCACUGAUCCACCUCUUGCUGAACACAGGCUGGAUAGCAACUUUAUGGUCAUGGUGCCAGCCACACCCAUGAGGCAGAGGGAAACUGGCUCUGCUUUUAUCACUGUGUCAGCCUACUCUCCCGUGGAGAUGUUUACUCUCAGAGUGAAGUUAAAAGAAGGCGUGACGUUUCUUGGCGCCCGUCCCAGCAACCCCACUCAGUGGAUAGUCAGUCAGGAUGUGAGAAGUGAAGGCCACCGAGUUGUGACUCUCCACUGCCGCAGGAAGGAGUCCAGCUACGAUCAGCAAAGGUCCGAGAUGGGGGUUCAGAGGGUACUCCAGGUGGAUCUGAAAAUGGAAAGCUUCCCAGAGCCGAUGGGCAGCCGCUGGAUGGCCUGGCAGGUGGAAUAUCCCGCCAGCCGUGCCGCCACUCAAGAGGUGGAGACAGAGAUCCGCCUGGCUCAGGAGGAUGUGGCGGGCAUUGUGCCCCUGGCCAUGGACUGUGAGAUUUUGAACACUGCUGUACUGACUGGAAAGACAGUGGCUGUCCCUGUAAAGGUGGUGACUGUUGGAACUGAUGCCUCUGUUACUGAUGUCUCUGAAGCAGUGACGUGUCGCUCAACAGACGAAGAUGUGGUCAAGGUGUCUGACAGGUGUGACUACGUUUUUGUGAACGGCAAGGAGAUGAAGGGCAAGGUGAAGAUGAUGGUGAACUUCACCCAUGGAUACCUAAGUGCUCAGCUGGAGCUCAACGUGUGGAUCCCUCGUCUCCCCCUCCAGAUUGAGGUGUCAGACACAGAGCUGAGCCAGAUCAAAGGGUGGAGGGUGCCAAUACUGGCCACCAGUCAGAGGUCCACACGGGACAGCGAGGAUGAAGACGAGGAAGACAGACGAGGGCGAAGCUGCACUCUGCAGUACCAGCAUGCCAUGGUCAAAGUCCUGACUCAUUUUAUAGCCGAGUCAGCUGAUCCUCGAGGUCAGACCAGCUUCAUGCUCGGCACCGAUUGGCAGGUGGACAUUACAGACCUUGUGUGGGACUUUCUCAAAGUAGAGGAUGCACAGAUUGCACAGCUGCUGGACAAGAAGAUACUGGUGGGGCUCGACGUAGGCAUGACCACCAUCCAGGUGUUGUCUCCUUUGUCAGACUCAAUCCUGGCAGAGAAGACUAUCACAGUGGUGGAUGACAAAGUGACCAUCACAGAGUUGGGGGUCCAGCUGGUGACGGGCCUUUCCAUGAGCCUGCAGCUCAGUCCGGGAAGUAACAAGGCCAUUCUAGCUACUACAACCACACAGGAAGUUCUGCAGAGCCCCAAACAGGAGGCCUUGAUUAGCGCCUGGCUACAGUUCAGUGACGGCUCUGUGGCUCCACUAGACCUCUACAAUCCAGACUUUUUUGUCCUGACAGCCACUUCACUAGAUGAGGAAGUAGUGACAGUGCAGCAGGACCCUUCCUGGAAAUGGCCCGUCGUUGUGACAGAGGCGGAAGGUCAAGGCCUGCUGGUCAGGGUGGAAAUGACUGUUAGUGAAGUCUGCCAGAAAUUCAAGCGACGCAGCAUUAUAGCAGCAGGGAACUGCAACAUCAGGGUGAAGUUUGGUCAUAGUGAUAGCUCAAGGGGAGGGAGCAGUGACUAUGGCCCUGAUGGUGAUGAUAUGGAAAACAGAGGCAGGCUCUCCUCCCAGGACAGGACCAGCCUUGACACGCACUACUAUGGCAGUUCCAUCUCUGACAUGGAGGAUGGAGUGCUGAAGAGAGCCACCACAACAAGAAGCGCAAUAAUCCGCAGACCCAGUGGGGAUAAAAUUCCAGUCGAUGGUAGCCAGAGCAUACCAAAUGACUUUGCUGACUUCCCCGCACAAGUAGAUCUGCCUCGUGAUCGCAAUAUGGACGAUGAACUCAUUCAGGCUGCUCGAGGGCUCACAGACCUAGAAAUUGGCAUGUAUGCAUUGUUGGGGGUCUUCUGCCUCGCCAUCUUGGUCUUUCUUAUUAACUGCAUUUCCUAUACGCUCAAAUACCGUCACAAGGAGCUCUCCAUUGAGGGCCAGGAGAACAUGAACCAUGCUCAUGACUGGGUGUGGCUGGGGAACGAGGCAGAGCUGCUGGAGAGCCAAAUCAGCCUUUCACCUCAACAGGAGGAACAGACCUCCAUGAUAGACUCAAGCAGCGGCCUCGAGGAGGGCAGCCACUUGCUGAACGGAGGCUCUGCCCUGAAGAACGUGCCAAGCCAAGUGCACCGGGCAGCAGACACAGGCUGCAUAGCCAAGGACAGCAAAGGAGACUCCCCCACCACCAAGAGAAAGCGAGUUAAGUUCACCACUUUUACCACUAUCCCCUCGGACAAUAGCUACCCCACAGUCAGCACACUGACUGGAAGCCACAGCCAGGACAUUAAGUGGGUGUGUCAAGACGUGCAGCUUGGAGACUCCAAGGAGUUACGCAAUUACAUGGAAAGAUUAAACGACAGUGCUUUAAAAGAGGUGGCAUAAUGUACUGUGUGCACUUGUGACAAACUCACCCAUAUGCCUUCCAGCCAGUGGAGAGUGGGUCUCAACAGAAACCAGACCCAUAGUUGGUGACUGAGGAAUAAAUUUACUUCAAACCCAAACUGCCAAAGGGUCAUUAAAUUUUAAUGUCAUGAUGCCACAUAUGACCGAUGAUAACUGACGAAACGUAUGAUGAUAUAAGGUGGUUCUUUUUUCAUUUGUUUAUCAGAUGGUUGCCAUUUAAUCAUCGUUUUAUUAUUACAGGAUUUAGAGUCAAGUAAGGAUCGCAGGACUGACUUGCAGCAAAGCAUAUAGAGUUUAAAACAGACAGUGACAUGACUAGAUAGAUAUUCCAAAUGUGUGUGCACAUUAAAUGGCUUUGGAAGUUCUGUAUCAUUUUGGAUUUCUUAUAUCAGAGUUCUGGAAAGGCCAAAGCAAUCCAAGACAAAUCUGCAUGUUGCUUGGAAGGGGGGGGGGGGGCAAAAAUGGCACAACUUUCCGGUUCAUUCUCAUCCUCCUUAACAAGGCA